UACGCCUGUCUGUUCAGGUACGUUAUCAUCGGCGACACAGGCGUUGAAUUCGAUGCUCGAAUGAAAACUAUUGAUGGGAAACAGAUAAAACUUCAGAUUCGGGAUACAGCAGGUCAGGAGCCCUUUCGUUCCAUCCAUCCAUCGUAUUACAGAGGUGCUGCAGGGGCUUUACUAGUGUAUGAUAUUAUAAGGAGAGACACAUUCAACCACUUGACAACCUGGUUAGAAUAUGCCCGCCAGCAUUCCAAUUCCAACAUGGUCAUUAGGCUUAUUGGAAAUAAAAGUGAUUUAGAAUUUAGAAGCGAAGUAAAAAAAGAAGGUGAAGCUUUUGCACGAGAACAUGGACUUAUCUUCAUGGAAACUUCUGCUAAGACUGGUUCUAACGUAGAAGAGGCAUUUAUUAAUACAGCAAAAGAAAUUUAUGAAAAAAUCCAAGAAGGAGUCUUUGACAUUAAUAAUGAGGCAAAUGGCAUUAAAAUUGGCCCUCAGCCUGCUGCUACUAACGCCACGCACGCAGGCAGUCAGGGAGGACAGCAGGCCGGGGGAGGCUGCUGUUGA